AUGCUCUCACGUGUUGCUGCAGUGAAGGCACCCCGCACACACAUCCGUCGCCGCGUGACCGGAUCCAGCGGAAAGAGGAGGGAAGGAAGAGAGAGUGAGCAGCAGAGGCCCAACAUGUCCCGGCGUGUGUUUACUUCCGCGGUGCUGCUCCUCCUCGUCGUGAUGAUGUGCUGCGGCACUGGUGUUGCUGCGGAAGCUGCGGGGCAGCCAUCUCAAAAAAAGUUUGAAUGGAAAUUCAUCACUGAGGGUGAAACUGUGGAGUCGUUGGGUGCUCCCGGUCUUCUAAAAGUGGGGAGUGACAUAUUUGCCGUUGCCGAGGCGCAGUGCAAGAAAGGUGAAGACAUCAUCUUUACUGGCAUUGCAUCCCAACUUCUUACGGAAACGGAGGAUGUUGAACAGAAGGAAGUUAUGAAGGAUGCCAAAAAGAAGACACAAUUUUUGGAGAAAGAAGGUUCUGAACGGAAUAAAGUGGAUGUGAGCCGGCCAACAAUAGUUGUGAAGGAAAAUGAUAUUUACAUGAUGGCUGGGACUUACAGCUCGAACCCUGCUGAUGGUUGUCAGGAUGGGGCUGACGUGGCUACUUUGAAACUUCUGCUGGUAAAAGGGCAAGUCAGUGAUGGAGAAAACAAAAAAAUUGACUGGAACGAUGCUCACGCUCUACCGUGCACUUUUUUAAACCAAGAACACAAAUCCUGGACGCGGCUGACUGGCGGAGGCGGAUCGGGUGUCACGAUGGAGGACGGUACGCUUGUGUUCCCAGUGGAAGGCGCGAGGAAGGUAAAAAAGGAGGGAGACGCAGAAAAGGAUGAAAAGACCGUUUCGCUCAUCACAUCUACUCCGAAGGAUACUAAUACUUGGAAACUGUCGAAGGGGACGUCUGACGGUGGCUGCAGUGAUCCCUCCGUCGUGGAGUGGGGGGAGGACAAAAAACUCAUCAUGAUGACUGCGUGUGAUGAUGGCCGCCGCAGGGUGUACGAGUCCGGUGACAAGGGGGAGUCGUGGACGGAGGCACUCGGGACACUCUCGCGCGUGUGGGGCAACAAACAGGGUGAAAGUGGCGUUAGAAGCGGGUUCAUCACAGCGACGAUUGGCGAUGGUGACAAGAAAAAAGUGAUGCUCGUCACCCUGCCGGUGUAUGCCAAGAAGAUCAAUGGAAAAGGAGAAAAGGAAAAGAGUGAACUCCAUCUUUGGCUGACGGACAAUACGCACAUUGUUGAUAUUGGGUCGGUAUCCGAUGAUGACGUUGCCGCCAGCUCCCUGUUGUACAAAAGUGGUGAGAGUGAAACUAAUAAUGAGGAGAAUAAGGAGGAGUUGAUUGCACUGUACGAGAAGAAGGGCGAUGGGAAACCAUCACACAGUCUUUGGUCUGUGGUCCUGACUGAGCAGCUGCAGCGGGUGAAGGAGGUGCUGGCGACGUGGAAGAAAGUGGACGACCUUUUCUCCAAGCUGUGCCCUCCUUCAAGUGAUGCGAAGGAUCCCUCAACUGGCGCUGCUCGCAGAGAUUUUAAGGUGACGGAUGGGCUGGUUGGAUUUUUGUCGGACAACUUCUCUGAGAACACAUGGAGGGACGAGUACCUCGGGGUGAACGCCACAGUGAAGAACAAUGGUGUUGGGGGUAAUAAGGCAACAAAGACUUCCGAUGGUGUGAAGUUCCAUGGAGCGUGGGUGGAGUGGCCUGUUGGCAGUCAGGGGGAGAAUCAGCUGUACCACUUUGCGAACUACAACUUCACUCUUGUGGCGACGGUGUCCAUACACGGUGAGCCGAAGGAGGGUACUAUUCCUGUGAUGGGAGCGAAGAUGAAUGAUGCUGGGAAUUCCAUACUUUUUGGAUUGUCGUACGACAACAAAGAAAAGAAGUGGCAGCUGCUGUGCGGUGGCGGAAACCCUAAUGAGCUCAGCAGCACAUCGGAGAAAACACACCACGUGGUAAUUUUGCUACGGAACAGCAGCCAGGGCUCCGCGUAUGUCGAUGGUAAGCAAGUGGGUGGGGAUGUGCCGUGUGCGUUGGGAAAUACGGAUUCGAAAGGAAUCUCGCACUUCUACAUUGGAGGCAGUGCAGUGAGCGCAGGGAGCAAAGGAGACGUGUCUGUGACUGUGACGAACGUCCUGCUGUACAACCGCCCGUUGAGCUCUGAAGAGGUUGGCGCCCUCAGCCCGAAUAAAGACUCUAUUCAACUAUUGGAAGAGAAUCCGUCGGAGCCUUCAACAGUUUCUUCUGAUUCCGUUGUACCUCCCAUCCCUCUGGUGACUGCAGCUGCUCAGAAAACCGGAACUUUGUCUACUCCUGCCGGAACACAGCUGACGGAACAGGGGCAGCCGAUGGGGAGCAGUGGUGCGGGCAGUGGCGGAGCAUCCACAACAGCAGUGUCCACUGUCAGUACUUCCUCAGCAGAAGAGGAGUCCGUAUUGCAGGUGACGUCAGGAACGUCUCCCGAUGGAACUCAAUCUGUGGGUGGCGGUUCUACUGCUGUUGGCGAGCCAACGAUGGAGACAAGAGAAGGAGGAACGAAUGGGCAGGAGGAGGAGGUUAAUACACAGGUCAGGGAAGUAAAUGCCACGGCACUCAGCAGCAACCUCGGAAAUGUGUCGCAGGGGAAUAACACCGAUGCUGGCAAAAUGCGUGGGAGCGGACUGCUGCCAUCGCUGCUUCUUCUGUUGGGACUGUGGGUGUUUGCGGCUCUCUGA